AACCAGUUAUACAACUAUUCCUCAAAGUACUUCCUCCUCUUUAAAGUCAUGAGAGCAGUUACAAUUCUCAGCCUUCUUGGUGCCAUCAUUGUGGUUAACGCAAGUUACAGAGCAACUGAAUCACCUGAACAAUGGCGCCAACGCUUCCUAAAGUCCCAAUCGGAAGAUCCUUCCUGGUUGCGAUUUCCAACCCCACCUUCUCGACUCCCACCUUUGUACGUAGAAACGGAGAAACAAAUCCGUGACAGAGCACUUGCCUACAGAGAAAAGUACGAGAAGGAGCAUCCACGACCAACAGUGGCAGCGGACUCGGAUAUCGAUGUGGAGAAACGUCGCAACCUUCUCGUUGGACGUUACGGAUUCCGCAUUGGAAAACGAUUCGUUGGAGACCAGAAUGAUUCUCCAUCCUCAUCGGCAGUCCAGAUGCUUCCUGUUCAAGUCAUGUAUGACGAUGUUCUUCAAUAAGCAGCAAAAAAAUUACUAUCUAAUUUCUGUUCAAUGUUUCGUACGUUUUCUCUCUCCCCCUCUCUCACUCUCUCUCUUCCCAGCUUUUCCCACUAUUAUCACUUGCUUAAAACAAACUCUAGUUGGCUCUUGAUGAAAUUUAAAAGUAGUUUAUACCCCCUUGAUCUCAAAAAUAAAUGAGACAUGUUAAUAA